UCAUGCUUUUUCAAUAUUAGCUAUAUUUAAGACUGCAAAUGAGUGAUGGCUGGGAAAGUGGAAAAGGUCUCAAAGUACGAAUAUUUGAAGCUGUUGGAAAAGUGCCGAAAGGAAAGAGACGAUGCUUUGCACCGUGAGAAUGUAAUGAGGGAAAAACUGAGACAACACGAAUCUCGAAUGAGGUCAACCGAAGCGUUCAAACAGAAAUUGAAGCAAUUGACUUUGGACAACAAGGAGCUGCGCAAACAGGUGAAAGUCCUACGGGCUGAAAUUGGUUUAGAGUCGAGUCCGAAAUUUCAUGGUAAAACCACAAAGGAUAUAAUCAACGAGUUGCACGAGAAGGAGAAGGAGUGCGGUUCACUAGUUGAAAAAGUUGAUAAAUUAAGUUUGACCAUUGAUGAACUGACUUCAGAACUGGCCAACACCGUGACCUCAAAGACUCUGCUGGAAGAUCAAGUGCAGUCACUGCAACAAAAUUUGAAGGACAUGACGAAUAAUCAGCGACGUCUUCUGAAAUUAUGGGACGAUAAGAAGGCGCAGAGGGAACAGCUGUCACUACCUGCGAUACCUCAGAGACCUGGACAAAAGCCCGUUGUUAAUAAAGGCGUCCAGACGGAGAUGUCCAUCAGUUCAACUCAGAUAUUACCGACAAAUGCAUUUGAGACCAAGACGCGUCGUGAGAUUGACAAGAGCAGAACCCGUUUGGAAAGACGUAGCAUCACUUUAGCAAACGGCACACAUCGGGAGAAAAAUGCUUUGAUUCAGAAUGAAGCGAAAGGAAUACACAACUGA